CGGUACACUAUCACCUGUUCUGACGACGCUGCGUUGCGAGUAUGGGACUUAGAGAGUGGCAAGCAGAAAGGCGAAAAUUGGAAGGAUAAAGGAAGUGGAACAAUGUGGGCCAUAGCGUUGUCGCUGGGUGGCAAGGAAGUAGCAAGUGGGAGUGAUGACGGCAUAGUAAGAUUAUGGGACAUCGAGACAGGUGAAGUCACUGCAAGAUGGACAGGCCACAGCUCAGGGGUGUCAUCUAUCUCCUGGAGUCCAAAUGGAGAUCGACUGCGGCGAGACCAUCCUUGAACCAAUCGAGACUGGGCAUACAUACGUGCGCGCGGUUCACUAUUCACCCGAUGCAACAAUGAUUGCAACGGGCGGGCAUAACGGCGUCGAUGAAUCCUCAGUGAAACUCUGGGAUGCCGAGACAGGUGAACUGCUCAAAACACUCAAGGCAGACAAGCUAUCCGAAGUUUUAUGUUUGGCUUGGUCUUCGGAUAUCAACACACUUAUCUCUGGGUCACUUAAUGUCGAUGGCUGCUCCGUUAGAAAAUUCGACACCGUCACUGGGACACAAACCGCUGUGUUCAAAGGACAUCAACAUCUUGUUAAAGCCCUUUCAUUAUCCCCCAAUGACCGUAUCCUUGCAAGCGCAUCAUCCGACAAAACAGUACGACUUUGGAACAUCGAAAGUAAUCAACCUAUUGGACCACCCCUCCUCCAUGAUGGCGCAGUGAGAUCUGUGGUUUUCUCUCCUGAUGGAAAACUGCUGGCGACUGUCUGCGAUGACCAUCACAUAUACACAUGGGAUGUCGUUGCUAUUGUCAAGGAAGCUGGCCUUGGUAAACUUCUGACUGCCUCCGCCCCAAAGGUCGGCGGGAAAUUGAUCUUAGAGACGGAGGCCACACAACGUCGAAAUCAGAAAUUUACGGAUGCGCAUCGAUUGCCACCAGGCUUUUUCGACGAUGCUCAUGUUGGCUCUUCUGCAACACGUCGUCCCCCUCCCCGUCAUGGCCGUGGCAGUCGUACAACACCAUCAUCACCACGUACCCUCCUUGGUCGACUUUCCUCGCUCUUCCCACGUCCUCAUCAUACUACGCCCCGUGUUGUUAAGGUGCCCACCGUCCAGGACAGAAAGGUGUGUCUACCUCCGAGUUCUGCCUGGUUCGAUGCCAAUCCGUUCAAAGGCCUUGUAUGUCUCCCCACCGCGCCAGAAAAGACAACUCUUGCAAGGUGCCCAUACUCAAGGUCAACAACAACAAGGUCAAUCCCAUGGCCAGGCAUCAUCGUCUGGUCCUCCAGUGGCCCCUGCUACCGCAACAUCCAUGCCAUCUACAGCUGCUGGUGAAACUGCGUCUGCAACUGCAACGCCAUCGCGUCCUGCUGUUGCCACCAACAGCCUCAUCAUCCUAUGGACUCGCAUAGUGCUCUGCGUCUGCUGUGUCUCUGUUGACCAUACGAAUGGUCCUCAUUAAUGAAGCAGCAUUUCAUCACUUGCAUUACUUCUCAUUAUGCGCUGACGU